AGCAGGAGAGAGGAGCAUCCUUCAGUUAGGCGCUUACAGAAGGGAUGUACACCUGUCGCAUGGACUGCCCGCUGUCAGACAUGCACAGACCUGGUGGAGACAAGUGAGAUAACCCUCCUGCAACGAUAUUCAGGGUCCACGAGAUAUAUGCAGGUAAUGGGUACACUUCGGGACCUCCAGUUUGCACUGCAGCUAAAGAUUGAGGAGCUCCGUCAGAGGGACACACUAAUAGAUGAGUUAGAGCUGGAGUUGGACACAAAGGACGAACUCAUCCGCAGACUUCAAGAAGAACUUGAUCGCUACAGGACUGCCCUGUCCCUCCCUGGACCCUCUACAGCCGUUGCAGCUUGUGCAGCUCAAAUUGAGGACAACCAGAGUGCAAAAAGGCAGACAGUCAUUUCAGAGCCCUUCAAUCCAGACCCAAUGACUUUCACAGUGCUUUCACACAGAAGCUGUGACAAAAGCCAGGAAUCUCGAAGGCUGAUUCAGGCAGCAUUUUUGAAAAAUGACUUGUUUAAGAACCAUGAUGAAGAAGAAAUCAAGGCCAUCACUGCAUGCAUGCACCGAACCACCAUCAAUCAGGGCUGCUUUGUCAUCCAGGAGGGGACCUCCGGGGAUCAGGCUUUUGUUUUAGAAGAAGGAAGACUGGAUGUGACAAAAGAUGGACAGAAAGUGCUCACUUUUGAGCCACAGGACAUGUUUGGAGAGGUGGCGCUUCUCUACAAUUGCACCUACAGCUACUCUGUCUCAGCACAAACAGACAGCAAGCUGUGGACAAUAGACCGCAAGAGCUACCAGUGUGUGCUCACACAAUGUUGCCUCAGCCGCCUUUCUCAUUCAGUGGAGCUGCUGAGAAGCAUUCCCUUCCUUCAGUCGUUACCAGACGAUGUCAUCAGGAAAUUGUUUGAUCAUGUGGAAGAGGCAAAUUACACAGAUGGUGAUUACAUCUUUCAACAGGGAGCCAUUGGAGACACCUUUUAUAUCAUUUGCAAAGGCCAGGUGAGUGUGACAGAGAAGAAGCCAGGCCGUCAGGAGCAGAUAGUUUUGGCUGAGCUCAAUGAGAGACAGUGGUUUGGAGAAAAAGCUCUUUGGGGAGAAGCCAUUCGGCCUGUAAAUGUGAUGGCUGUUGGAGAAGUGACAUGUCUGGUAAUAGACAGAAGGACCUUCAGAGAUGUAAUCGAAGGUUUAGGAUCUGACAGCCCUCCAGAGUUGCAGCAGAGCAAUGAAUCAAAAGUCGAACAUAAGGAGGAUCCUGCCUGUCUGGCAUCUUACACCAUAAGCGAUUUCCAGAUUAUUCGUACUCUGGGAGUUGGGGAGUUUAGUCACGUAGACUUGGUGCAACUAAAGGGCAACAUCAGAUGUGUUUUUGCCAUGAGGGUCCUCAAGAAGAAACUGAUUCUCAACAGUGGUCAGCGUGAGCACAUUCUGAGAGAGCGCAGCAUCCUGAUGGAGGCCCGUUGUCCAUUCAUUGUCAGACUAUACAAAACGUUCAGAGAUGCUGAGCAUCUUUAUAAUUUGACAGAAGCUUGUCUGGGUGGGAAUUUAUCUUGUCUACUCAAAGAGAAAGGAUAUUUAGAUGACAGCAGUGCCAAGUUCUACACAGCUUGUGUUGUCGAAGCGCUGAGUUUUCUUCACUGUCGAGGAGUCGUCUAUAGAGAUGUCAAGCCUGAAAACGUUGUUCUAGACGAGCAGGGUUAUGGCAAACUGAUUGGCUCGAGAUGUCUGAGGAGAGUUGAGGUGGGUAAGAAGACAUGGACUUUCUGCGGUACAUUGGGCUACAUGGCACCUGAAGUCAUCCUGAGCAAAGGCCACAGUACAUACGCAGAUCUUUGGUCACUGGGUGUUUUUAUGUUUGAACUUCUCAGCGGUAGGCUCCCCUUUGAUGGCUCUGAUUCGUUGAAGAUUCUUACUGCAACUGUUCAUGGCAUCGAUGAAAUCGAAUUUCCAAAAUCAUUCUGCAAAGAUGCCUGCGAUCUCAUAAAGAAUCUUUGCAGGGGCAAACCUUUAGAGAGAUUGGCCAGUCAGAGAAACAAGGCCAAGGCCAUUCAGAAGCACAAGUGGUUUGAUGGAUUCAACUGGGAUGGACUUUGCAAAAGAAAGCUGACCCCUCCACUUAUUCCCAAAGUUAACCUUCCUCUCCAACAUGCUACAUGUGCUCUUUAUUCUGCAGAAGGAGUGGAGCUGUGCACUAACUGGGAGGAUUUCUGAUCACAGUGUUCAGGCAAAGACCCAUUUUUUAGAGACAGUACCUCCCGAGACAUUAACUGCUCUCCUACACCCUAAAGCUUAGACUGUUUCAGAGUUAUAAAACCUGUAUCGAUUUACAUGCAUAAGAAGUCAGUGAUUUUGCUGCAGUCCAAAGAAAACCAAUAAACAAUCAGAUAGUU